GGAUGCGCAACUUGCACAUGCAAAACGGAACCUCCGGCAUGGGAGCCACUUCGAGGAUCGGCCGCUACUCCAUUGAGACUGACUUCCCCUUCGUUGAGAAGAACCCACAUCCAGAUUUCCAAGAGGCUUGGGAAAUAGCCAAGCUUGAAGCUUGCUUAGCCAAGAAUGACAAACAGCGUUGGUACCAUGUGAAGUCAGUGAUGUCCAUGCUCGGGUGGAAAGUCUAUCAGCACAAAGAGCCUUUGAUGUGUGAGUGGGUGAGGUGGUUUCAUGCCUAUAAUCACAUGGAUGAAUUGCUGGCUUACGCACGAUCAUGGUGCGGUGAACGUUCAAUCUACGCUUUGGACGCAUUUGGCUACUCGGGCACCAUUGCGCGGCAGUGGAAAAAGAACGGGUACGAGAGCUUGAAAUUUGACAUAUUGCUGGAUUCACGCCAUGAUGUGGUGUCCCGCGGCGGUUUCUACUGGCUACUGGAUAUGUCGCUGGCGAUCGUGGAAGGCGGUGUUUUAGUAGCAGGUCCUCCGUGCAGCUUGAUGGUAUCAGCAUGCCAGAGUGUCCAUCGCCGCCGCCCUUGGCGGCUGGAAGGCGCAACCCUGUUGCUGUUGUUGACCUGCCUGGGGCGGCGCAUCUUCUACAAAGUGGAGCAGACAAUUCAGAGCUUGCAACGGAAGUUGGUCAAGAAGGACCGCCUCAGAUUUGCGGAGCUUUGGCCAGAGCAAGUAUGUGUUAACGGAAGCAUUAGGUUGCAAUGCAGCCGUGUCAAUCCGUACAGUAUAGUUCCACUUCCUGCACGUGACGAGACAUGGAAGGUGGCAAGACAAGUUGCAUCAUCAGCGGCCACGCCGCAAGAACCAGGCACAACAGAAGCAGAGAGGGAAGAUCCACAGCCACCCCCAUCCUCGCUAGAGACACCGCAGGCAGCAGAGAUUAAACAACAGCAGCAACUUCUGCAGGAAGCAGUGCCACAUGCUGAUGCUGGGCCCACACCUGCACCAGAACAGCUGCUGGAAUCAACAGGGAUCAAACCACACGAUCCACACACCGCAGAGACCUCAGCACAGGAAGCAGAGCAAAAGACAGACACGGCACCAACACAGCAACCAGAUGCAGAGCAUACACCAGCAGAUCCACACACGGCAGAGACCUCAGCACAGGAAGCAGAGCAAAAGACAGACACGGCACCAACACAGCAAACAGAUGCAGAGCAUACACCAGCAGAUCCACACACGGCAGAGACCUCAGCACAGGAAGCAGAGCAAAAGACAGACACGGCACCAACACAGCAAACAGAUGCAGAGCAUACACCAGCAGAUCCAGAACGGCCGCCAUCAACAGGGAUCAAACCAGAGGUCCCACACACUGCAGAGACCUCAGCACAGGAAGCAGAGCAAAAGACAGACACGGCACCAACACAGCAACCAGAUGCAGAGCAUACACCAGCAGAUCCAGAACGGCCGCCAUCAACAGGGAUCAAACCAGAGGUCCCACACACUGCAGAGACGCCAGCACAGGAAGCAGAGCAAAAGACAGACACAGCACAAACACAGCAACCAGAUGCAGAGCAUACACCAGCAGAUCCAGAACGGCCGCCAUCAACAGGGAUCAAACCAGAGGUCCCACACACUGCAGAGACGCCAGCAAUGAAGCAAGAAGCACAGGGAGCAGAGCAACAGACAGACACGGCACAAGCACAGCAACAAGAUGAAGAGGAACUAUUUGGCGCCCAGACGCCACCAGCAUCUUUAUGGGAGCCAGGGGAGCCUCCCUUGCCACCGCCUUUUGAAAGACCUCCAGCUUUCUUUACCAAAAGGGAGCCAUUAUCACCGGGGUCAGAGAAGGGCACGCCGCCCAAGUGCCGAGACUCCAAAGAUGUUGAUUCUUUCAGCACACCUCCGAAGCAUGCAAAAGCAGAGACAUCUCAUCGACCUGGCUCUGGAAGGAAAGUGAAGACAGAAGGAAAUAUGAAGCGAGACUUGUCUGAGAGACAGGAGCUUCACCAGUCUGCUGGGACGGCGCCGGGCAUCAAGAACGAGGUCAAAACUGAACCUGGUUUGAGAAACGUGCCUGCAUUUUAUUGGGUCUUGAAGGCUUGCUCAUACUGGCCUAGAUGCGGUGCUUCACCAUCACAAAAAAUUGCUUACUACGCCACGAUGGUGGGCACAAAGGGAACUUGGCUCGAUGUGCUCGAUGCAGGGCUAGCAGGUGACCGUUUAGAGAAAGACAUUUUCUUCCUUGUGACGAAGAAGGAAGAAGGUUUGGAUCUGUUUAGCAUCAAAACGUACAUGAAGAAUCACAUUCCAGACUUGGAGAUAGAAGGGCAUGAUGCCCCUCCCAACAGAGUUACUGUUGUUCAGAAGCAGAUGUCCGAGAAUGUGAUUAAUGAUGGCGAACCUGCGAUCACAGCAAGCUUGGAGAUGCAACGAGAUGAGUUGAUGGGACAGGUGCGUCUCAUUGACCAGUGCUUGACGCAUGGUGUGGCCUUCAUCCCUGUCCCCGCGGACGGAGACUGUCUUGCAUGGUCGCUGAGGUAUUUCAUGCAAGACAGGGUUGAGUCUGCACGUAGUGAUUUUACUUCAAAAGCAGCUAGAUAUGCAUCUCAGACUACACGGUCAUGCUUGAAGGGAAUGUGGGAAGAGGUCAAGGACGUUGGAAAUUGGCAACAUUUCUUUCUUGCAAUGUAUUCUGAUGUGGCACUCGGCCCCACUACUCCCAAAAAAUCGAAAAAGAAAGCGGAAGAACCGGUUUGCAUUGAUUUGCGGACGCCCCCAGAGAAGCCGAAGGGAAAGGUUACCAAGCGUGUGGAUGAAACCAAGGCGGUUCCUUUUGCAGAGAAGCCACCGAGCUCCCCAACAUUGAAGGUUCCAGGGCAAAAGAACAUGGAGAAUCUUAUGGAUCCUGGAGUCCCGGAUCUUGAUGCUUAUGUUGAGGUUCAAAAGCAAAAGGUUCCUGAGGAUUCUGGGUCGAAGGUUCCACCAGCCAGCUUUUCCGAAGGUUCAAAAGGAGAUGCAAAUGUGCAAAGUGACUUGCAAGGGGAAAUGGAUGAGGGUAGUGAUGAUGGAGGAAUCGAGCAAUUUGGGAAGAAUCGUAAAACCAGGCGCACACGGGAAUGCAAGAAAAGGACAAAGACAAAGGCACUCUUAGAGCUACAGGCCUUGAAGGGUUGCUUGGCUAGGUAUGGCAUGACCUAUGCCACUUUCCAAACCUUCCACAUCAGAAUGGCCACAGUGAAAAAGGCUGCAACCUGUGAGAUUGAAGGAUGGCAACCCUUCUGUAGGAGUUUACAAGCCAAAAAGGAGCCUCUUUGCAAAAUUUGUGUUGAGUUCCUUCGUCUUCACAAGGUGGAGAUGGAGGAAAUUGAACGUGUUCUUGCAGGGGUGGGCCUUGAAGUGGCUGUACCACCUCCUCCCAUGCCUCCGCCCACAGAGGAAGCAGAACAACCAGAAGACUCUGGAUAUGAAGUUUGCACAAAAUAUGUGAGAGAAAGGGACCCAGACAUUGAGCUAAUCAUUCAGGGCGCCCCAGGCUAUUGCGUCUCUGAUCCACUGUCCGGAGGCACUCUUUGUCAUUGGGCAGAGGAGUUUGACAUUUGGGCGACCCAUAGCCCAAUGCAGCAGACAGCUCAGCACACCUACUGGAAGAAUUGCACAGAUGGGAAAUGGUUUGUUAGAUCCAAAAGUUGCCAGAAGAAAAUGCCCCAGCCAACAGAUGGUGCACCUCCAGCCUGUAGUGAGUGUGUGAAACUUGCAGAACCCAAAAAGGUGCAAAGGGUAGUCCAAAGAUUUUCCGCCAAAUACAAUGCAGCUCGUUUACUUCAGAAGCGGCUUUUCGGGACCCCAGAUGAAGUUCAGGAGUUGCUUACUGAGAUCAAGAAGAGCACAUUUGGGAUAAGAUGCGGGCAAUACUGGAAGAAGUUGGUUGCUUUGACCAACCAAUCCUUGCAAACCUUUGUCCGUGCUACACUUGGAAGCACACCCCCAGCCUUGCAAAACACUGCCAUGCGUCACCUUCUGUCAAAUGUGGUUGCACCGUGCAUGAAGGUGAAUGUGGCGGCUGUCCACGGCAAUCUCCACCGAUUGACUGCUCAGUUUGUCACAGCCCUUGCAAAUCAGCAGAUGACAGAAGUCGAAGAAGUCAAUGUCCGCAUAGCGGCUGCGGCUGUAGGGGGCAAACUUGACAGCAACCCCUUCAUACAGGGACUUUUGUUGCAAAGUCUUCGGAAGCUUGGGAAAGAUGAUCGAGGGGUGGGGCCCCAGGGGCCCAAACCAAGUUGCUCGGAGACAGAGAGGCGCUUGGUGGAGACGGCGGCUUUCCAAUUUGCCCUGCUUUCAUCGAACAAAGAGUUGGCGGCUGAGCUGGGGCAGAAUUUGCAUCCAGCAAAGCUGGUGCUUGACCAGCUUCCAGAGUUAGGACUUCCUCAUCCGGCUCUAUCUCUUCGUACUUCCUUGGAUGAGGUGCUGGAGAAAAACCUUGAGAUCAUCGAUCAGAAAUUUGCCAGAUCCCCGCAGCAGACGCCACGAAGAUUGAUGCUGGCGAUGGACCACACCUACUUGGAACGUAGCCUUGGUCAGACCACUUUGCAUGGAGUUCGAGGUUUAGUUGGGGCUCCCUGGCAUCCUGCCAGUGACGGGCAAGAGUUGAUGGCUUUCGCAGACCUCCCGAAGGAUGCUGCUUUGGCCCAACGGGCUCCACUCAUGCUGGAAUGUUUGAUUUGGGAUCCAGCCGCGUUGCAUCAACAAGUCUUCAGCGCUGCAUCCAUGCCAAUGUCUUUGACCCCUGAGCAUGAGGUGAAUUCUGACCGGAACCAUGGAAAGAUUGACAUCCCUUGGUUUCAGGAUUUGAAGCAUGUUGAGCUCCCCAAGCAUGCACUUCCACAUCUGGAUUUGAAGCUGGCAUACUAUGAAGGUGAACCCGUUUGGCUUCUGCCCGGUGUAUGUCACGCCGCCAAAAAUGUGGGCGGACAGAUUUGCUCACCCUUGCGGUCCCUGACAUUUGGGCGGUUUGUUGCCGACACAACGGCUGCGCGGGCUCAUGGUUUACCACCAGAUGCGUACUGUCGUUCCAGCCCUAUGUCGGAUUCCUUAUGUGCUAUAUUGUUCAACCCGAUGUAUUUGAUCAAAGACCCAGCUGUUGCUUUGGGACCGGUAAGCGUGCCGUGGAGCCUGCGUGGCUUUCUGCUCUUGAAUCUAUGCACAGCGCUUUGCACGGCGCCACUUCUCCACAAGUCAAUGCAGUUGAUCGACAGGGUCGAGAACUGCCUCACUGGCAUUGUCCUUCUCGACCUCUUCCGCAUCUUGGCAGAAAAGGAAACGAGCAAGCGGCAUUUGCCGAAAGGAGUUCUAUGGAUGGCCAACCAGACGCAUACCAAUCUACAGGCCACAGCCAAAGGCCUAGUGCUGGUGGCGCUUUCCAAGAGCCCCGAGGGCAAUUUGUUUCGCCACGGCCAUGGCCGACUGAGCGAACUUCCGAUAGAGGAAUGGUUCGGUCGCAUCCGCAGCCGAUCUUCUACCGCCCAGUUGUCUUGUCGCACUUACUGGAAAAGCGCAGCCAAGGAGAUGAUCCGUCAGAUGCACAACACCAACAGGCGCAAAGGGGAAUCAGACAGAGAGAAGAUGGAACCUAUUGGCCCAUCGGAGUUCAGAAAAGCGAGUGAGAGAGCCUUCAAGGCUGCGUGUCAGCUUGCUGCUGUGUGUGGUGGCGUGAGCCAAGAUUCAUUGGCAGCCAUUUAUGCCGAAAACAGUACCCCAACCAGUGCAUCUGAAGCUCCUCUUCAUGCAUGGGAAGAUGAUGAUUGGAAGGCCAAUGGUGACCCUGAUGAAGAGCAAGCUUCGCCAGAGAAAGCCUGUGAACGCGUGCUUCGACAAGUCGCAGAAGAGGCGAAGGAAGCGGCAGAAGAUGAGCUGGAGAGUGGUGGUCCUUUUUCUUCAGUUGAAGAGGAAAUUCCAGACCACUUGGAGGCUGAUUUGAGAGGCGUGGCGGAGGCUGAAAGUUUGAAAAAGAUCAUGGAGGCAUGCGAUCCAUCAGAACCAUUUGGAACCUCUUCGCCGCCACGUGCAGCCUUUGGAGGAGAUCCGGAUGAUGAUGCUGCUGGUGAUGCCAGCACACUUUGCUCCGCUUUGAAGUCUUGCGCUGGGGACUUCACAGAGGCCGUGCUAUUUGACAAAUUGUGGAGAUUGCUAAUGGCAUUGCGACAUUGGCAUGGAGGUUUCAACGAGCACAAGUUGGCCGAACUCGAACGUGAGUCUGGCUGCGCAGAGUACCGCAAGCGAACUGGGAGGAUGGAGAAAUGGAGACAGCUUGCAAUUGAUGCGGCCAAAGACAAGCAUGGCAACAUCGUGGUCGUGGUUGUGCCCAAACAUGCCCGCUCUGCGCAAACCCAGAGACAGGCUGUACUGGCCGUUGUCACUUCCAUUUGGAAGAAUGCCAAGCGGCCAAAGCUUUCGACUGUGGGCCUCAGCAUGACCCACAUAGUUGCGGCCAGAUGCUUGGAGUUUACACAUGUGGAAGGAUCUGUCAACAAAUGGAAGGUGGACGAUAGAUCCAAGCCUUGGAUUGUGCGACCAGAAGCAGUUGCUGCCGUCUUGGAUUGCAAGAGGUACGACAACAGAGUUGAAAACUUGAUUGUUGAGAUGACGGAAGACUCAGAAUGGUACCUUGACGCCAUCUGCUCACUACCAGACUGGUGGCCAGUGGAAGAGUUGGACGAGGAAAUUGAAAACAACGAGCCUGGCUUGUACCUUCCUCGCCGCCGGGGUCGUCGUGCCAAGGCAAAGGCAAAGGCCUCUGCGAAGGCGAAGGUGAAAGCUGGCGAAGAAUCCAAGAAGGGUGUCUCCAAGAAGAUUCGCAAGACAAGAAUCCAGAAAGCCAAGCCGGUGCCCGCCCAGAUUGCUUUGCUGGCGGCGAACCUGAAGAAGAACAGGAUUGGGAAGGCGCUCAUUGAGCAGACCUUGGUGAAGAUGUUGACUUUGGAGGAGAAAUAUUUCGACACCAAGCCCUGCUUCAAUGCCGACAGAGAAUGCAUGAUCCCAGGUGAGCACGUCCGCGGGGUCAAAUGGGAGGAAGUGCUUGGCGGGGCGUUUGACUACUUCCACACAGAGGACGACGAGGACGACGAAGAGGACGACGAGGACGACGAGGAGGACGAUGAGGACGACGAGGACGACGAGGACGACGAAGACGACGAGGACGACGAGGACGACGAGGACGACGAGGACGACGAGGACGACGAGGACGACGAGGACGACGCGGACGACAAGGACGACGCGGACGACGAGGACGACGAGGACGACGAGGACGACGAGGACGACGAGGACGACGAGGACGACGAGGACGACGAGGACCACGAGGACCACGAGGACCACGAGGACCACGAGGACCACGAGGACCACGAGGACCACGAGGACCACGAGGACCACGAGGACCACGAGGACCACGAGGACGAGGACGAGGAGGACGAGGAG